UGAUAUAUCAUUUAAUUUAUUAAUUUCUUGAGGUUGUUAUUAUGUUUUGUUCAAUUUUUUAGAAUGAAGAGAUUGAAAAAAAUUGUUCUUUCUAUCCUGUGAGUGCGUGGCACGGGUAGAAAUAGUAGUAGAGGGAGAGAAAGCAACAAAGAAUCACAUCAAAAUCCAAAAGAAGCAAACAAAUAAGGCAAGAAGUUCAGUUCGACUGCUCGAGACUUGGAGUAGUCUGCUCUGUUCCCAAUCAGAUUUUGGAGCACGUAGCAGAAAAAGGAGGGAAAGAUGAGAGAAAUCCUUCACAUCCAGGGAGGCCAAUGCGGGAAUCAGAUCGGAUCCAAGUUCUGGGAGGUCAUUUGCGACGAGCACGGCGUCGAUCGCACCGGCAAGUACGCCGGAGACUCCGAUCUCCAGCUCGAGCGCAUCAACGUCUACUAUAAUGAAGCCAGCGGCGGCCGCUUCGUCCCCCGGGCUGUCCUCAUGGAUCUCGAGCCUGGAACCAUGGAUUCCGUCAGAUCCGGUCCGUUCGGCCAGAUUUUCCGCCCCGACAACUUCAUCUUCGGUCAGUCCGGCGCCGGCAACAACUGGGCCAAGGGACACUACACCGAGGGCGCUGAGCUCAUUGAUUCUGUUCUAGAUGUCGUUCGCAAGGAGGCUGAGAACUGCGAUUGCCUGCAAGGAUUCCAAGUUUGUCAUUCUUUGGGUGGAGGAACGGGGUCUGGUAUGGGCACCCUACUUAUUUCAAAGAUCAGGGAGGAGUAUCCAGAUCGUAUGAUGUUGACAUUCUCGGUCUUUCCUUCGCCAAAAGUAUCUGAUACAGUUGUUGAGCCUUACAAUGCCACACUUUCUGUUCAUCAGCUUGUUGAGAAUGCAGAUGAGUGUAUGGUUCUGGAUAAUGAGGCUCUUUAUGACAUCUGCUUCCGAACUCUUAAGCUCUCAACUCCCACUUUCGGUGAUCUAAACCACCUUAUUUCUGCAACCAUGAGUGGUGUCACGUGCUGCCUUCGGUUCCCCGGGCAGCUCAACUCUGACCUUAGGAAACUGGCAGUGAAUCUAAUCCCAUUCCCUCGUCUCCACUUCUUCAUGGUUGGGUUUGCGCCCUUGACCUCCAGAGGGUCACAGCAAUACAGAGCCCUAACUGUCCCUGAACUUACCCAGCAGAUGUGGGAUGCCAAGAACAUGAUGUGUGCCGCCGAUCCUCGCCACGGCCGUUACCUGACUGCCUCAGCCAUGUUCCGCGGCAAGAUGAGCACCAAGGAAGUCGACGAGCAGAUGAUCAAUAUCCAGAACAAGAACUCGUCCUAUUUCGUGGAGUGGAUCCCAAACAAUGUGAAAUCCAGUGUUUGCGACAUCCCUCCAAAGGGUCUGAAGAUGGCAUCCACUUUCAUCGGGAAUUCGACUUCAAUCCAGGAGAUGUUCAGGCGCGUGAGCGAGCAGUUCACCGCCAUGUUCAGAAGGAAGGCCUUCUUGCAUUGGUACACGGGUGAAGGAAUGGAUGAGAUGGAGUUCACCGAGGCCGAGAGUAACAUGAAUGACCUGGUUGCUGAAUACCAACAGUACCAGGAUGCAACUGCCGACGACGAUGAGCACUACGAGGAGGGGGAAGAAGAAGAAAGGGAUUAAAAUGUUUGAUGUGUCUUUUUGGCUGGUUCAAAUAGCCAUAUGUGAUGUUACAUGUGUCACCUGUUCGUGAGAUGGAGUUUUGUUAACAAACUUUAUAUACCUACCUUAUAGCAGCAUGAUGAAGUACCUCCCCUCUAUCUUAGUGUCUUUUUUAGUCACUAUUGAGCUGCUAUUUCAAUAAGGGUCUACGUUCUCU